AUGAUGUAGGAAAAGUGACGCUUUUACGAAUUUGACAGCAUAAAUGUGUUGUUAUUGUCUGUAUUUUUAACUCAUACGGAGAACUAUGUGACGCAGCGGAGUCACAUCAACGGAGCUGUUCGCACUUUCCUUUUUGAGAAAGUACGGAGAGUUUUGGAAAUAGAGGAGGAGUGUGGACCGAACGGAGCCGGGUUCGCGGGUCCGGGGGCAGCAUCACUUUCAAAGUUUGGAUCACUAAUGUCUCGUAGUGUCCAAACCAACUGAGCGGUUUGUUUACAUUGCGUGGCCCCGGCGUGUGUGCGAUAUAUCAGACACUCACGCAGCGCCACGCUCCAGCUUCUCUGGCUGGUGUCUCGAAACUCGGUUCACUAAAUAGAAUGUUACCCAGCCAGGCUGGAUCGGUACCAUCUGGAAACGGGUCAGCAUCCGGCAAGGGCACCACAGGUCACGGUUCGGGGGUUGUCGGCGGCGGGAUUCGUCCCGUCUUGGUCCGACCGGGGCUCAGCGACGGCUCGGGUGCAGCGGGGCGACACGGGGACGCGGUCGGGAUGCUCGGAGCCAACGGUCCCGGCGGUUCGAGGGGCGCGAGGCCGGGAAACGGAACCGGUGUGAACCCUCUGCAGGCUGGCGUCCCGGGACACAUGGUGGGGCUGAACGCGGGCGUCGUGAUGCCCAUGGGGGCCCGGUUCGACCCGGAGCGGGUGUGCAGCGGCUCCGACAACGACUCCGAGUCCGGGGACGACGACGACCCGGUGGGGUCACUCGGGGACACCAGGAGAGGGGUGAAGCGGGAGAGGGGGGAGAUGGAGGCUGUGGCGGCGGGGCAGGAGAUGGGAGUUACCCCCGGAGAUUACGGCAUGGUGUCCGGGGGAGUCGCCGGGGCGAAACCCGGGAAGAAGACCCGAGGGCGCGUGAAGAUUAAGAUGGAAUUCAUAGACAACAAGCUGAGGAGGUACACCACCUUCAGCAAAAGGAAGACGGGCAUCAUGAAGAAGGCGUAUGAACUUUCCACCCUCACAGGAACCCAGGUUCUGCUGCUGGUGGCCAGUGAAACGGGUCACGUCUACACCUUCGCCACCCGAAAGCUCCAGCCCAUGAUUACCAGCGAAACGGGCAAGGCCUUGAUCCAGACAUGCCUGAACUCGCCGGACUCGCCGCCCCGCUCCGACCCCUCCAUGGACCAGCGCAUGAGCGCCACAGGCUUUGAGGAGACGGAUCUUACCUACCAAGUGUCAGAGUCGGAGAGCAUGGGAGACUCAAAGGAAGCCCUGAAGCCCACGUUCACGGUGGCCAACAUACCGGGCACCACCAGCAGCGCGCCCUCCACCGUGCCCACCACCUCCACCACCAUGCAGGUGAGCAGCGGCCCGUCCUUCCCCAUCACCAACUACAUGGCGCCGGCGUCGGCCAGCAGCAACGUCAGUGCAAAUGGGACCGUCCUGAAAACCGCCCCUGCAGGAGUCAUGCAGCUGCCCAGCGGCUUCACCUUCAUGCCUGCCGGCACUCCUCUCCCCCCCGGCACCCCCACCAUUCCUCUGAGCCAGUUGCAGCAGCACUCCCUGGCGCUCCAGGGGCAGCAUGGCCAGGCGCUGGCCGCCGCCCAACCGCCGCAGCAGGGACAGCAGGCUGUCUUCCGCUUCCCUGCUGCUGUCUCCCUCACAGGACCCGGCAUUCCCCAGCAGCUCCAGGCCAUCCAGGUCCAUCCCAACACGCAGCCCACCUCCAACAGCGACAGCAGCCCCGACAUCUCCCACACCUCCACCAACUCCACCACAACCGUAAGUCUCCCAGCAACCAUCGUCACUUCGUCGGUGCCGACGUCUGUGGCGGGUCACAUGAUGUACCCCAGCCCUCACACAGUCAUGUACGCGUCCACGCCGGCGCUGGCUGACGGAGGGCUGGCCGUGCUCAACGCCUUCUCCCAGGGAACCUCCGCCAUGCAGGUGUCCCAUGCACAAGCCCAGGACACGGGUGCUGUCUCUCAGGUGUUCCUCACUGCACCUCCAGGAACGGUGCAGAUUCCCGUCUCGGCUGUGCAGCUACACCCAGUACGGCAAGAUCUGCAUUUUACAAAUGGUGAUUGGGCAGCAGACGAGCGGCGGCAGCAGUAAUUUGACGGAGCUCCAGGUCGUCAACCUGGACGCAGCGCAGAGCUCGAAGAGCGACUGACGGACGGACGGCUAGAGCUGUUUAACACAACAAACACACACAGAUCUCUAUUUAUUGAUGCCUUCCUAAAAAAAGCUUCACUUCACUCUUUUGAAUGUGAUUUCUACAUAUUAAAACACAAUCAGGGGCAAACGUGUAACCGAGCCCGGUCAGUUAGUUUUUUUUUUUUUGGUAUAAAAUGUGUAAAUAUAAAUAUGUAUAUCGCAAAUGAAUAGGAAAUAUAUCACUGUAACAUCAGAGCCUAUUUUCUACGCUGUUAGAUUGUGUUACUUUUGUCGUGUGAGCAUGUAUUUUGGGGGUAAAGUGUAAUUACAGACACACGCUUCAGGUGCCAGAGCUUCACACCAGCCAAAGAGACGUUUCGUCUGAAUGUUCCAGCGGUUUCAGCACAACCUUUGCUUUGGGGCAGGGCAAAGAAAAACAUACAUUUGGAAAUGUAAAUAUAGUUUUUUUUUUUUUUUUUUUUAAUAUUAAUGAAGUGUAUUUUUAGUCGUCUCAGUUUUUUUUAAGGAGACGAUACGAUUUAAAAGCAGAGUAAUUUACACAAAUGUGUAUUCAAUAUUCUUUCACAUGGUUUGAUUUACUGUCACUAGUUUUUCACUACCAAACAGGUAAAAAACAAUCUGGAUUAUGAAAGUAAUUUUCUGGAUUAUAAUCUUUGCACGAGCAGCUGAGGAAGUGACAGAUUUGGAUUUACUGCCAUUGUAGAUUUUCUUUUCCUGGAACAUUUUAAAUAACCAACGGUUAACAUGACUCAUAAUCCCAUUAAUCCAUACUCUGACAUUUGGUUGUGAAAAUGAUAAUGUGAUUAAAACUUAAUGGGAGUAAACUGAUUCUUCAGUUGAUUGGUUUUAAAGGCGAUUCUCAUUUUUGCUCUGGUUUGUCUUUUGAUGGAAGCAAAAACUGUAAAGUGUUUGCCGAUUAGUAAUUUAUCUUCAAGUGAAGCAGAUUUAAGUCCAGGAUAAUCAGUCACGAUGGGUUUCUUCAGAUGAUGAGACGUUUUUAAAAAAACUCCUUAUGGAUUCUGAGCCUAACCGACUGCAAUCACUGAGUCGAGCCUUUCUGCACCGUAGUGCCUCUUUAUCUGUGGCUGAUUUCUGAAGAUGCAGGAGUUUCUUCCUUUGAAGCCGUCACCCAAUCCUCCAGUUCUCCUCCGGCUCUCCAGAAGGAGCCGGAUCCCUGAGCAGAGGAGGGUGGAGUUUACUCCCUGCUCCUUCUGAGGAAAAGGACUUUUUCUGAUGGGUAUAAAGGAAUGUUUAUUUUGAAAGAUUGAAUAGAUUUUAGUGGUUUUCACCUCAUCACUGACAGAAAUGCUCUAUUUGUGUAUUUUUGUUUUACUGUACAAACAUUUUGUAAUAAAACAAGAUUACUUAA